GUGACGUUUAGUCCGAAGCACACAGGCAUCACAAAGCCUCCUUGCGUCCGAAAAAUACACUAUACACUAGAUUCAAAAUGGCGGACGAAAACGAAACUUCAGCCCCUGUAAUUACUGUGGAAGAGCCACUUGAUUUGAUUCGCCUAAGUCUCGAUGAAAGAAUUUACGUCAAAAUGCGAAAUGAACGAGAGUUGAGAGGCCGGCUACAUGCAUAUGAUCAACAUUUGAACAUGGUGCUAGGUGAGGUAGAAGAAACAGUAACCACUGUUGAAAUUGAUGAAGAAACUUAUGAAGAAGUUUACAGAACAACUAAACGCAACAUUCCCAUGCUCUUUGUACGUGGAGAUGGUGUGAUUCUGGUCUCCCCUCCAAUGAGGGGUGUGCUCAACAUGAAGAAACAAUCUAAAACCAAUAGCAAAUUUGUUGGGAAACCUAAAGGUGGACCUAUCAAGAAACCAAUCCAAAGCCAAACAAAAAAAUUAAAUGGUAACAAUGUCGCCGUUGUUAAAGAUCAGAAAUGGGCGAAAUUGAGCCUCGACGAGUUUAUUAACUCAUCAGAAAGUGAAGACAACACUUCAAGCAUUGACGAAGACUCCACAAAAUCAGAUGUAGAAGCUGGAGAAGAAAUUGAAAGUGAAGUAGACGAGGAAGAUGAAGAAGAUGAUGAAGAUGAUGAAAUUGACGAAGAAGAUGAAGAUAUGGAUGAAGCAGAUGAAGACGAUGAAGAAAUGGAUGAAGCUGAUGAAGAUUCGGAAGAUGAAAGUGGUGAUGAAUCAGAUGACAAUACAGCUGUGAAGAAACACAAGAAAACACUGGACAAACUAAAAAAUACUGAUCCAGAAUUUUAUCAGUUUCUGUCUGAAAAUGAUCGUGAAUUGCUUGAGUUUGGCUCUAGCGACAGUGAAGAUGAUGAAAGAGGAGGGCAGCUCCAUGAACUGCCUAAACCUGAAGAAUUAGAACUUGGCAGUGAUGAGUCUGAUUUUGAAGACAAAGAAAGUGCUGCCAAAAGACAAAAAAAUGUCAUUACACAGAGUAUGGUUGAUAAAUGGCAGCAAGAACUUCAAGAUCCCAAAUCUAUAAAAACAAUUGUUGACGUUGUGAGCGCUUUCCGAAGCGCUGUACACUCUGUCACUGAAGAGAAAGAAGGAGCUACCAGAUUUGUUGUUCAAGGGAGUGCUGCCUUCAACGCAGUUGUCCGUUUGUGCAUUGUUGAUCUGAUCCCAGCUUUGAAAAGAAUUUUGAAGUCACCCGCUGAUGAAAAGCUGAACUUAGAAAAAUGCAAAAGUUGGACCAAACUCAGAUUACAUGUGAAAUCUUAUUUAGCUGAUAUCAUACGGUUACUGGGAUCUCUGACAGAAUCUUCUCUUUUGUCGGUUAUCCUUAAGCAUAUACAUCAAUUGAUACCGUUUUACACAGCCUUUAUAAAGUUAUCGCGUGUACUAUGCAAACGCUUGGUUACAGUUUGGUGUUCAGCCGAAGACACGAUUCGAGUACUCGCUUUCUUGUCCAUUUUACGGUUAGCUCGUACACUGCCAGGUCAACUGCUUGAACCGAUCAUCAAAGCAAUGUACCUAAGUUAUGCUCGGAAUUGCAAGUUUACUUCUCCUUCCACGUGGCCCGUCAUUAACUUUAUGCGUCGCUCUCUCGUGGAGCUAAUGGCUCUUCAAGAAGCUUUAACCUACAAGCACGCAUUUCUCUACAUCCGCCAACUGGCAAUCCAUUUACGAAAUGCAAUUACUUCUAACAAAAAGGAUGCUAUCUUGACUGUGUACAACUGGCAGUUCGUUCAUUGUCUACAUCUUUGGGGCGCAUUGCUUGGUGCCCUUCCUGAUAGUCAGUUGCUGAAACCUCUUUUGUAUCCACUUGUUCAGAUUGCGAUUGGCACAAUCAAUCUAGUACCAACCGGGAAAUAUUACCCUCUAAGAUUUCAAGUCGUCUCAAUUUUAAACCAGCUCUCUGUAGAUACGGGCACUUACAUACCUGUCCUUUCAUUUUUAUUAGAGAUUCUGCAAAAUCACAAAUUCGAGAAAAAGCCAUCUAAGGUUUCCAUGAAACCGCUUGAACUUAGUUGCGUCUUACGAGUAUCCCAAUCACAGAUGGGUGAAAGCGGUUAUAGAGACGCUAUCAUAGACUUGCUGUAUGAUCACUUACUGGAAACUUUGCAAUGCCAGUCCCAUUCCUCAGCUUUCCCUGAAAUUGCCUUGCCUGUCAUUUUGCAACUUAAGCAGUUCAUCAAAAAGUGCACAUUAGCCAACUUCACAAAAAAGAUGAAGCAGUUAAUGGAGAAAGUUCAGGAAACAUCUCAAUUCAUCGAGAAGCAGCGUAGCCAAGUUCACUUUGAUUUGGCAGACACCAAGGCCGUUCUAGCCCUCGAGAACCAGAUUAAACAAAGCGGUACUCCACUCACCAACUACCACAACUCAUGGAAAAAGAUGAGAGACAGGGAAUUGGCAAUUAAGAUUGCUAAAAAACCAGAGAAUGACAAAGAAGCCGGCAUUCCAGUUAUGAGGAAAACAGUCAUUGGAUCUAAACAGUCCAAUGAAAACGACAGUGAUGAUGACGGCGAAUUUGACGAACUUUUCCCCUCUGACUUGUCGGAAGACGAAGACGACGAAAACCGCUUCUUACUUAAAGAGGAGAGAGAGUCGAAACCGAAAACAAAAAAUCCAGAGGAAUCCAAAAAACGCAAAGAGAAGGUACAGGUUGAAGAGCCUAAAAAGAAAGUGAAGACCAAGAAGACAAAGACUGUGGAACCCACAGAGGAAGAAGAGGAAAUUGCUGAUGGUGAAGAUAUCGCUGAUGAAGUAACGGACUUUAAUAUGUCUGAUGAAAGCGAGCAUGAAGAUGACGAAGAAGAAAGUGACGAAGACGAAUGAAUUUAAAGCAUUCUGCUGAUUUGUUGUACUUUAAUGCGUCACACGUUUGUCAAUUGAUUUCUGAUAACAAUAAACCAACAGACAAAAAGCGGUUUUAUAGUU